AUGGCGAACGGAUGCGAUACUUGGCGACCUUCGUCAUCUAGCAAGUCUUCAAGUUUGAUCCCGUUUAACCCCUGAUGGAAAAUAGUUGAAUGUUUUACUAAGAAGCGACUUAUUGUAUCAAUUUGUAUGCGUACCAAUUUUUCUUAUCAUCUAUAAGUUGUGCGCAAACACUCGCUUAAUAUUCGAAUUUGGCGCGCCAUUUUUGUUUUUAUAUAUGACGACAACAAUUUGCAUUGCAAUGUGCAAUAUGAAGUCGAGUUGAAAACUGUACUCUGUAGAUUCGUGGCAUUUGUGAUCGCACUACACUAUACUCACGCGGCAGUCACAAGAGCUCGUGCUAGAAAAUUUAAUAUAUAUCCUGUUGUCUUCGUGUAGUUAUAUCAAUCUAAGUAACAAACUUUAUCUAAAUUUAAAACCUUUCAAAAACUUCAUAAAUCUUUUUAUGUUCUCCAUGCAGUGACAACAUACAAAAUCAUAUAUACAAAUACAAAACAAAAUAUAACUUUCACUGUACAGAACUCUCCCAAUAUAUGCCUCGAACAGCCGGGCAAACAUAGGCUAUAAAUCGGAUGGACAUCAUGGAUUUUCCCUUUCAAUUCAAAUGUGUUUUCAGUUCUGAGUAUUGUCAUGCCUUUUCUAUACAUCCAGGUCGCGUCUACCCUUAUAUCCCCUUGAUUUGUAUCGCCAGUAUACGCCUAAUUGCUUAUGCUUGUGCUGGUGCUGAUUUCAUGUACUUUCGACGGUGCAAUGCUUGACCUGUCUUAAUUUAUUUACUGCAUUUCUAUAAACAUUUAUUUGGGGUUAGGUUUAGUCCGGGACGAUUUCUAUCAUCUAUCUAAAAUCCUGCAUGCAAUCCUUUUCGUUGUAAAUCAGCUCGAAUCGUUCACACAUUCCAACAGUUAGAUAGUUAAGCUAUAUAGUCGAUUUUUAUACCAUAUUUUAUAUAUUGGGCUUUCUUCACAUGCUGGAAAUAUAACACUCUUACAGAGUAAUCCCUCAUUUUAUAUGCAUGGAAUUAAGUCAAUUAACAAUGGCAUUACGAUGUCAUGUUAGCGAUGUCAUCUUAGCAAAUUUUUAUAGCUUUGGCCUUCGCAUAGCCUGCUCGCCUGACAAUUAUACGUCCAAUGGACAAAUCAACCAAUUAUACGUCCAAUGGACAUACUCCCUUUGCUGCCUCCUCCGCAGGCCCUCUUUGCGUCAUGGGAAGGUCACGAUCUGGCGAGGGCCUGCGGAAUCUUGUAAAAAAAUGGCGCCGGCGUCACGUCAGCAAGUAAAUUUCUACAUAAUAUUGAAUAUAAACAGAUAGAAAAAAGCGGCGUGAAACUUGUAAAUUAAACUGGCGACUCUAAGGACGUGGAAGGAAGCAUUUUUUAACGAUAAGGUUUGUUGUCCACACCAACGUUGCACGAAUAAAACUGCCUUCUUUAACGAAGCAGGUCCAAAACAACAUUUAUUCAUUUUACAAGAUUCCGCAGGCCCUCUCGAAAUCGUGACCUUCCCAUGACACAACGAGGGCCUGCGGAGGAGGCAGCUCCCUUUGCCAUCUCACAGGCCUGGUACCUGCAUGGGAUCGAUGCCAACCUAUGACGUCAUUCCAGUGAACUUAUUUACUGUACAAUCAAAUGUCCAGUGGACAUAUUCCUGUCCAUUGGAUGCAAUGGACAAAUCAAGUGUCCAGUGGACAUGUGCCUGUCCAUUGGAUCCAUUGAACCAUUGGACAUACUCCCUUUGUCAUCUCUUUGGCCUGCUACCUGCAUGGGGUCGAUGCCAGCAUAUUACGUCAUUCGAGAUAACUUACUUAAUUUAAUGCACAACCAAAUGUCCAGUGGACUUAUGCCUGUCCAUUGGAUCCAAUGUCCACUGGACAUUUCAAUAUGUCCAUUGGACAUCUUGCAGAGGUAUUGGACAUUAAUCUAUAAAAAGGGAGGUUUUAGAUAAAAUAAAGCGUAUUUUAAGCAGUAAAAGUAUCCCAGUGGGCACACGACGUCGUUUCGACGUCGAAAUUUGGUUGAAAUGUGGUCGGUACGUCGAUCGACCAAAUAUCAACGUCGUUUCGACGUCAUUUUGACGACGUGUUGACAACGUUGGAAAAACAACGUCAUUUCGACGUCGUUUCGAUGAUGUGUUAACAACGUCGAAAAUAAUCAACGUCGUUUCGACGUCAUAUUUUACGACGUGUCAUCGACGUCGAAGAAGCAACGUCGUUUCGACGUCAUAUUUUACGACGUGUCAUCGACGUCGAAGAAUCAACGUCGUUUCGACGUCAUAUUUUACGACGUGUCAUCGACGUCGAAGAAUCAACGUCGUUUCGACGUCAUGUUUUACGACGUGUCAUCGACGUCGAAGAAUCAACGUCGUUUCGACGUCAUAUUUUACGACGUGUCAUCGACGUCGAAGAAUCAACGUCGUUUCGACGUCAUAUUUUACGACGUGUCAUCGACGUCGAAGAAUCAACGUCGUUUCGACGUCAUGUUUUACGACGUGCUAUCGUACGUACCGUCAUUUUGAUUACUAGUAUCAGUAUUAAGGAGGCUCCCUAUGUACAGUAGCCUGCGGCAUGAUCGCGUGGCCAGUGCGUGGACUGUCCCACCCAACCUCUGUACUACGAUCGAUGUCAAAACUACUCAAAACACUUAAUUGUUAUCUAUUGUAUAGCAACUUUCAAACCUUUCAGAAAGUCGUCCAGCGACACUCAUGUUUCUACAAGUUUAAUUAAACAAAAAUAUUCUGGCAGUUUUAUACUUGUUUAUAAUGAUAUGGGCGGCCAAUUCUAAUCUUCUGAGGGGGGGGCUAGCCUGCAUCGCAGACUAUUUAUAUUGGGUUCAUAUAUAGUCUGCUAAUCAGCGACAGAAAGCUUGUAUGGUCACGUGGAUUUCCCGAGAAAUCGUGGGACGCAUUCUGAUUGGUCGGCUUAUAAUUAUGCCAAAUUAAUUAAAAUUUCAGAAUAUUUGAUCAUAUUUCAAUGGGUAUAAAGCUUUCACUUGUACAGUCUGGAAAAAAAACUAUAUUUGGUAUAAAACCUCGCUUAAUACGCUUAUUACGCUUAAUACGCUUAUUCAAAUACGCUACAAACAUGUACAAAAAUAAUGGCAAACGUACAUGUACGUUUGAAACGCAAGCAAGCAUUGAGAAACGUUUGUAGUUGACGAUUCCUAUCAAAUGGUUACGUAGUAUUUAGUUCAGUUCUUUUUAGAAUAUUAAAUUCUAUUUUUGCAGAGAAUACUACGUUUAUUUAUUUAUUUAUUUAUUUAUUUAUUUAUUUAUUUUUUAUUUAUUUAAAAUUGAGUUAUAAUCAGUACAUGCAUGCAAUGCCAAUGAUAUAAUUCGCAUUUAUGCGCUGUUACGGAUCCAAAUAAUUAUUGAUCAAUUAUGACCCAACAACUCCAUUUUCUUACAAUUUCUAGGUUUCUCCUGAGUUUCUAGUUUAUUUUUUACACAGGUUGAAAAUCUAUUGCGGUGAAGAGAUUGGGGUAUUCAUACGCAACCACUCUACACAACACUCAAGGUACUGUGCCCUCUUCGAAUUUGUUCAAAGACGUGCCGAUAUUAUAUGUCUCAUUAUAUAAUAAAAAUCGGCCAAAUUAAUGCCGAAUCUAGCCUCCUCCGCAGGCAUCCCGUGGGGCAUCUCCGCGACUUUGUAAAGUACGUGAACGCCAAAACCCGACAUGGUUGAGCCGUUCUGCGCAUCUUGCUUGCGCAGCAACUUCGUCUCUAGGGUAUGCACGUGGGGAGGAUUUUGUCAUCCAAGAUGGCGGAUUGCAUGGGCCAUGGAGUGAAGAAUUACGAGAAUUAGUUAAUUACUGUCACUUUAACGAUUAAGAAUUCAGCUUUUUUUGGACAAUUGAAAGAAUCUUAAUCCAGAAAUUAAAAUCGUCGUCAAAUAAUUUACAUGUUGUCAGUUGACAUCAAGGUUGACAUAUAUUUUUGUAUCAACUGUACAUACUGCAUGGAAUUUAGAAAUCGUGUUGUAAUCUUUUAAUUAAGCGCUAUAAAGGUAGACUUUGUGUUAAUAUCACAAUGAAAUGCAUUUAAUUUCAUAUAAUGUUUUUGGAUGAAUUAGUUGUUUUGCAUGUGUUUUAAAUGUACAGUUUGUGUACAGUUUGUUAUGUUCUAUUAAAUGAAGACGCAAAGUGUUUUCUUUACAUGAUAGUAUUAUUAAUAGCACAAUUAGGGCAGUUCAUGGUUGUCCGAAGCACGACAAAAUUGUCCCACAUAGGCUAGGAUGUAAAUUUUAAUAACUGAGAAAUGUAACAAGAUAAAAUAUAUUUCAGCAUGAUAAUUGUGAACCCAGUAGGCAGUAUUAAAUAUAAUCCAAAGCAAGAGCCAGAUUGAUUUGAGUGAAAAGGGCUUGGUCUGGUCGUCAGAUUGGCCGAGUACGCAAAUCAGUGAAGCAACAUCCAAGCUAACGCCACUGUCUGAAAUCUGAAAUUAGCUGGGUGCACUUACCUUAUUUUUUAAAUCACAUGGCCUUUUAUCAGAAAUUGCAUUGCAAGUUGCAGCAAAUGCUGCUUAUUUAUGGAACAUGGUCUUAACAUUAGGUUAUUAUUUCAGGGAUGGAUUUAUUGGGGGGUGCGCACCCCUAGCCCUCGCCAGAGGGGAUGCAGGGGGUGCAGUUCAUGAUAGAUAAAUAAAAAAUAAUAAAGACAAAAUGAAAUGCUGUAAUUUGAGCAAUAACAUGAUGAUAAGCGAACUGUGAACAAUAAUUACAAUUCAAAUACAGUAUGUUUAUAGGCGGGAGGCAGACACGACCGACACAACUCCGCUUUAGUCGGCAGGAUGGCAGGCUGGUGUGUAACGUCUAAUGUACUGUUUAAUAAACGAGGAGGAGUGUUUUAUUAGGUUUAAAGACACGAGCGCGCAGCGCCAGUGGCUUUAGACCUAAUAAAACACGACCUGCGAGUUUAUUAAACGGCUUCAAACACGACUACAAAUUCAAUAGAUACACCGCCUUAUUAGUAUUCUUUAUAAAAAAUACUAACGAGGACACGACAACAAUAGAUAGUGCCUGAUUAGUAUUCUUUAUAUAAAGAAUACUAAUUAGGAGUGUUUUAUCAGGUUUAAAGCCACUGCACGUGACAUAUUAUGGUUGACAUGAUUUGCCAAUAAGCUUAUGAAUUAUUAAUGAGUGUUUGAAAUAAUACAGCAACAAUAUAAAUUGUAUAACUUUGUUUGAUUUAUAAUUAUUAAAUAUGAGCACUUCUUACAUUUUGGUCAACUUUGCACAACAGUUGCUUGCUCAUUUUUGUUACAGCACUGCAUGAGCAGUUUACCAUUUUAAUACAUAGUUUACAUGCUGUACAUAUGUUCCGUGAGAUAUUUUUUGCUAAUGAGUGACGUACAGCGUAAAAACACAUGAGAUUGUAAAUUUGAAGUUUGUUAUUUGCUGAAAUAUCUCAAAAUUGUCAGUGUGGACAAACUAGUUUCAAUAUAACGUCCACUAAAUUAUCCCCGAGCCAACGGCGCGGAGCGCCGUUCAGAGGGUACUAAUUCCCCCCGGGAAACCCGGGAAACGGGACACCCGGGACACCCGGGAAACGAAAGCAUUAGCGCAGUCUAAAGUUCAUCAAUGAUCGCGGGCGUGGGUGACCAACGGUGGGUGGUCGUCCUCACUGAUCUAAAAAAUAUGGUGGACUGUCAUGAAUAGCGAACACUGAUUGGUCAAAUUUAAAAUUUCAUACAACGACUGCAUGACGACAGCGAAAUAGCAAACAUUUCUUGCAAAUAUAUUUCAUCUUUGCACGAUUUUGUGAAUUUCAAAAGCUUUUUAAGAAAAAAAAGCGAAAAAAUCGGCUAAAAAGAAGAGAGCAAAGGCGCCGACGUUAACGAAGGUAAGUUUGAUUUAAAUUCUAAUGUAUUGUUUGCUUUAUAAUUGCUUUAAAACCGAUCGUCGGUUGCGUAUAAACGACGUUUGAAGAGAAUGAAGAUAGCAUAUAAUUUCAGUGUAUCUUUAUUCAUUACCCUUUUUAUUAUAUUAAUUUUUAAAAUAAGAAAGAAAGAAGGCAAAGUUAUUUGCAUGCGAGAAUUUGAAAUAAUUUUAUUUCAAACUCAAAGUUUAUCGAUAAAGCCAAAAGGCAGUUUAGUAUUAUUAAAAGAACACUUUAAAACGUUUGGCGAAGCGUUUGUGGUUGAAUUUUACCUUAAAUUGAAGCUUAUAUUACGUAUGUAUAAUAACAUACCUAACAUAUAUAUGUUUGGGAAAUUGGUAAUUUUGUAAUUAAAAAUUAAAAGUGAUAUUUUUAGCGGAUUUUCCAUUUGUAAGAAUAUUCUUAAAAAAUUAUCGUGUUACCAUGGCAACUACUUUAGAUAUUUCAUGUUCGGAAAAUACAAUGGUUUUGUCAGAAGGCGAGGGUUUCUGCAUGCAUGUAUUUUCUGUUAUGACAGUAAACGACAAUUUCAAGAUGCAAGAGCAUCCAUUAUCCAGUUGAAAUUUCGACAUUUACCACUCCAUCUGCCUUCUAGAGUACUCCGCUUCCCAAAAGUAUUAAUAUUUGAUGUUAUGUGCAUGUAGGAUACAGACCAAAUAUAAAUUGAAUGGUUUCAAAAAUUCUUAUAAAUUUCAUUCAUAUUUCACACUUGUUACUCGAUACGACUUACACAGUUUCGGCGUGGUUUGACCAUCUGGAUUUCGUUAAAUUCCGGCCAUCCGUUGUAAGUGCAAAAUAAUCAAUGUUUCAUUCAUAUUUGUAACAAUUUGCAACAUAAAAAUGAUAUUCUCGAUCGAUAUUUUUUCAAAUUGUGUUCAUGAAUAUAAAGAGUCGUAUCCUAUGGGAGUGGGGGUAGCACAGUUUUUGACAUUUUGUAGUAGUUUUGAUAUGAACAAAUUAACCCCGUGGAGGUAACACAGUCGGUCCACAUGGGCUACAUAGCUGGUUCAAAGCUGGGUUUUGGCAGGCAUCGCCGCUACUAUUUUUUUUUGCCCGCAAGCAAAUUUUGCCCGAAAAUCUAAAUUGAGGGGGUGCCUGCGGAGGAGCCUAUUAUGCAGAAUCUUCAAUUUAGACAAAUUUAUUAAUAAAAUAAUUUGAAUUUUCUUCUCCAAACAUGGCAAAUAAGAUCAAAUUACAUUCAUAUCGUUACCACAACAUAAAGGCACAUCUUGCUCGGCAUGUGAUACUGUGCCAUUAAUAAUGUCAUUUACUUAUUUACAAAAUUCAUACAGAAAUGCUUAAUCAGUGAGAUCUACUGUUAAUCAGUGAGAUCUACUGUUUGCUUUCAAAUUUAGCUUUUUUAAAAUUGAUACGUCGAGAACAGUGAAAGAAGCAUUGGAAGGAAAGGAGAUUAUUGAGUAUCCGACAUUCCAUGUUGUCUUAUCGCGUCAUUUCUCUGAAUAUCCAACAGAUAUAUCAAGCCCAAGUAAGUAUUUCACACUUAUGAUUGUCGAUAUACUGCAUGUUUGGGUGCAUGGUUAUGCUUUAUGUGCUCGCUGCGUGGCGUAAUGACGUUACAACUUUGAUAAUAAUAAUAAUAAUAAUAAUAAUAAUAAUAAAAAAUAAUAAUAAUAAAAAAUAAUAAACGACAAACGGAAAUCUCCUUACAAUACCACAUUAGCCUGGAUGCGAUGUCACAUAUCAUUUGCUUUAACUAUAUCCUGUAUAAGAGGAUCAAGAGUGCGUCGGCGCCGUCAUAUGGACAUGGGAAUAGCAACGGAGGUUGCUGAAAGUAAUUUAAUUAUUAACCCUUGAACUUGGAAUUUCAUAACUAGAUUAAAUCAUAUACUACAAUUAGGGUAAUUGUUCACGGAACAUGUUUCGUUCUUUCUUAAAAUUAAGUUUUUAACAUUCUUAGUUAGUUUUUCCUUUUUAACUGUAUUUCGUAUUUUAUCAUUCUUUUCUUUGUUAAUACAUAUAUUACGUACUAUUACUGAUUAUUACUAUUAUAGAUUACUAUUAAUGAUAUGGACCAAAGAUACUUUUUAUGGACUAAACAUAUUUUUAUUAAUUUAUUUUGUUUGCAGUGUAAAUAAUAUUUUAUAUAUAUAUAUAUAUAUAUAUAUAUAUAUAUAUAUAUAUAUAUAUAUAUAUAUAUAUAUAUAUAUAUAUAUAUAUAUAUAUAUAUAUAUAUAUAUAUAUAUGCCUAAUAAAUCAUUAUUAUUAUUAUAAUAAAAAAUAAUAAUAAAAAAUAAUAAUAAUAAUGAUAACACUUUAUUUAUUGAGGAUAAACAGAUAAAGUUACAACUUUUUUCCAAUCUGGUCCUCCUAAACUCUAUAGACACAACAACAACAACAUUAAACAUGGCUAUUUUCAGUACUUCCUAUAGGAGUAUGAACAAAUGAAAUCAUGGGUAUAAUGUAAAGUAUUAACCAGUACUACAAUUCAGUUGUUCAUACCUCGAGAAAGCCCCAAUUUACUAAUUAGGCAAUUUUCUAACUGUGUCUAAAUUAUAUUUACAGUACAGUAUAAUAAGUCGAAAUACGUUGACAUACAACUCACAAGUGUCUAAAGUGACAUUAUAAACAUGACAGUAUUUGACACUUUCUCUAUGUACGAACACCCGAAAGUUAGAUCAUGCUCAGCUAAAACUGCAGGCAUGAAUUUCGGCAGUUCGUACAUCAAGAAAGCAACCAGCUUUUAGUCUUAAUAAAAGAGAAAACAUGCAAACAAACAAACAAACACUAAAUGUUCUUAUCAAAGAAAUACACUGUCACUGAUACUUAUUAGACUAUAUACUUAUAUUAAGCAAUUAAUUACUAAUGAUAUUUUUAGAUGUCUUAAUAAAGCCUUACGCUGUUAAGUUUAGUAGAACUCACGAGUUUCUGACUGAAGUAACUCUUGCAAUAUUUGUUGAAUGACGGCUGCGAUGUUAUGGAAAACUUGAUGAAAAAUUGAUGAUGGAAAAUUUGAGAAAAACAUUUCGUCGUUUAUGCGAUAAGAACAUUCAGGUGAAAUUUUCCAGGAAAGAUGCGCGCCUUUGAAUGAGCUUAUAUGCAUGGAACUUGAUCUGUGCAGCAGUGUAUAUGAUCAUUGCAUGCAUUUUAACACGUUCGCAUUCUCUUCAGCCAAUGGAUGAUUCUAGCUAUACAGAGUGUAUAUAAAAAAUUGAACAGAUUUGAAAUUGCUUUCAAUUUCGCAAAACAGCCAUUAGUAUCUAGUUUUUUUAUGUAUAUAGCUUCUUUGGGUACUUAUAAGGUAGAAUAAUGAAAAAAAAUUCUCGAACUCAAAUUUUGUGAACCAGGGGUGUGUGUCUUUUCCAACAAACUAAAAAUGGUUUGCGCACGAAAUUUAAAAGCUUUAAUCGUAUUUUGAGUUGAUGGAUGGAAAAUUUGUUGGGUUUUUAAUUACUGGACAAAAUUUCAGACAAUUUGCUUUAGUUUAAGCUCUUUAACUAUCCAUUUUUUCCUAGAAAACCAGCCUUUGGCAUGCUUAAUUAUGCCUUCACCUAAUUUGCAUAUUGCUGACAUAUGCAAAUUGGACAAAUGCAUUAAUUAAGCAUGCAAAUUGCUGAUUUUUUAGGAAAAAUGUAAGUUUGCAUGGAUAGUUGAAGGGCUUAAACUGAAGCAAAUUGUCUGAAAUUUCGUGCAGCAAUUGACCAUUUGCGUAAUAGACUAAAUUUUGAACUAAACAAGUCUAGACAAAAAUUUCAUCACAGCUUGAAGGAGCAUCACAAAAUUAGUAAUAUUUCAAAGUUUCGUUGCAAAAUGUUGUAAAAUGCGGAAAAUAUAGCCUUGCGAAAUUUGCAAUUUUCAGUCAUUUUAGAUUACAAACGGGAAAUUGACAGCCCCAAACCCUUCGAGGCUGUCAAUUUCCCGUUUGUAAUCUAAAAUGACUGAAAAUUGCAAACUUCGCAAGGCUAUAUUUUCCGCAUUUUACAACAUUUUGCAACGAAACUUUGGAAUAUUACUAAUUUUGUGAUUCUCUUUCAAGCUGUGAUGAAAUUUUUGUUGAGAUCAAAAGUUAGUCUAUCACGCAAAUGGUCAAUUAAACACCCAACACAUUUUCAUCCAUUAACUCAAAAUACGAUUAUAGCUUUUAAAUCGUGUGCGCAAGCCAUUUUUAGUUUGUCGGAAAAGACACCCCCCCCCCCCUGGUUUUAUUUGUGUUCGCGAAAUGUUUUUCAUUAUUCUACAUUAUAAGUACCCAAAGAAGUCAUAUAUAUCAAAAACUGGAUACUAAUAGCUGUUUUUCGAAAUUGAGAGCAAUUUCAAAUGUGUUCAGUUUUUUUUUAUACACCCUGCAGACUAAAUUUUGAUCCAGGCGAGAAGAGCAAAAUCCAUCACCACAUGAGUUAGAAAGAGCAUCUUAAAAUUAGUAAAAUUGCAAAGUUUGGCCGCGAAAUGUUGUAAAAUGCAGAAAUAUAUAGUCCUGCGAAAUUUGCAAAUUUUGUAUUAAUUUGUAUUACGCACGGGAAAAUGCACCGCUUUCGACCCAAAUGUGGUGCAUUUUCCCGUGCGUAAUACAAAUUAAUACAAAAUUUUCAAAUUUCGUAAGGCUAUAUUUUCCUCAUUGUACAACAUUUCGCAACCAAACUUUGCAAUUUUAUUAAUUUUAACGGUCUUUCUAGCUGUGGUGAUGGAUUUUGUUCUUCUUGCCUAGAUCAAAAUUUACUCUAUAGCUGGAAUCAUCCAUUCGCGCCGUCGUGUCUGCGCUACUGAAUAUUGUUACUGAAUUAUAAGGUAUAUUUCGAAAUUUAGAUAACAUUGUAUUGUUGAUAUUUAUUCGAGUUGUGAAGAAAAAUGUUGUUUGAAAUUCGAACACUCCUAUGAUGUCGAUUUUCAUUUGUGACUAAUACUUGAAUUGCUGAGUUACACUACACAACUUUGCCCAAAACUGUCGUAUGCUACCCGCUUACAACUUGAAUUGUACUGUGUCAAUCAACACCACUCACCUAAAGUAUACGACAAAGACAUGCAGUGAUUUUAAUAUUUUUAUGAGAUAUUGAAACUUGUGAAUAAUUAUACUGUGGUCAAUUUAUUCAUUCACCCUAUGAAUUAUGUUAAUAUCAUUUAAGUUGUGUAAAAUAGAAAACCGGAAAUCGGAAACAUAAAAUAGUCAGAAAUUCGGACACCCCUACAUAUACUGAUAGCGUUUCUGUUCUGUAUAGUGAAUUAUUGGCUUGGUAUGAAAGGGUGUGUGUGCAAGUUAUUAUAACUUUACCCUUAAAUUUUAAGGGUUGAAGUCUAACUUGUAUAUAGUUGGGGACGCAUUUUUUUGCAGUUUGCAUAUGGAAUUUCAAUUAGAUUUUAUAUGUAUAGUCUCCUCAUUUCUAUUACAUCUGCUAGGAUGUUAUGUUUCCACUUCCGGUUUUUUGUUUGUAUAUGUCUCCCAGCAGGAUGACUCGAGAGAAAGUUGGAUGACAAAUUACAAACGUUUUUCUUGCUUUCCCAAGCAGAAAUGGCGUGAAUUCGUAAUUAAUGCAUGUAUAAUGUAUGCAUUUUAAUACAGGCGUGUCGCUGGGUGUUUUAGUUUUUAUAAUUAUGUUGCAGUUGGGAAAAGGCGAAGACUGGAUACCCAGAACAUUAAUUCAGACAAUCCAAUUGAUGAAGGUUCGGUCUUGUGUCCUGAGGAUGCUGAAGAUGUAAAGGAAUGCAUUUGAUUAUUUUGACGAAAGCAAAUGCCACGGUUCAAAAAGAAGUGAUAGAAACAAAUACGUACGCACGACACAGAUAAGAGGACAGGUGAUAUCAGCAGAGAGCGGUCAUGCAAGAAUACCAAGACAAUGUUCAUUUAACUGAUGAAAAUAUCUCACGGCUAGAAAUAUGAAUGGCAAAAAUAGUGAGUGACUGACGGUACUCUAAAGGGACUAAAAUUAAACGACAUAAACCUUGUGCGCGUGUAACGUAUAUGAAAACAGAAAGUCUAGUUUUAAUGGGCGAAUAUCUAAUAAUAAAUUAACAUUACAAAAUAUCUUUUGGCAAUUAUUAAAGUACGACAAGACAACGGAUACGAAUUUUGACCGUCCAUAAUUACUUGGACAUUAAUUUAGUUAAGAAGUGUAAUGUUUUAUCGUGAAUUUUUAUGUGUGCAAUAUUGAGCAGUUGGAACAGUCGUGUGCUUUGUCUCAAUAAAACAGGGUAAGAAAACACGUUCAUGAAAGAACAUAUUAAUUUUGCAAAUAUUUUUAUUUAAGAACAUUUUAGCUACUUAACAACUCCAAGUUGUACAUGUGCAGAAGAGCCUGCAUGAGGUAACUUCAGGGACAUGGCUCACUUAUAGGUUUUGCAUGGUUACUACUUUCAAUUAAGAAUUAUUCGUGAUUUGGCGUACGCAAUCGAGUUAUUAGACAGAUUUAGAUCGAGGACGCGGACGUCAAAGACAACGUGAAAAUGGCGUGUUGUGCCCAUGUAUGGAUAUGCCACACCAUUUUGACACCAUUUCCACGUCGUCUUUGACGUCCGCGUCCUCGAUCUAAAUAUGUCUAUUAGCCUGCUUUAACAAACGCACCGCGACGUUAAUCGGGACGUCUAAUCUUACUUUGUCAUUAGGAUGGUAGUUUGAAAGUUUAUUUUUACAGGUGAGAAGGUAAGAAAGUGGUCUUAGUUUGCCUUUGACACUUGGAUAUCACUACAUGGAAGUAUAAACUACAAAUUUAAUAUCAUAUACUGUACUAUAAUGUCAAAAUAUUUCAUUUAAUAUCAAAAAAUUUACACGCAACUGUAUUCAACAUUUUCAACCUUUUUUAAAGUAGCAUUUCAUUUCAAUUCAAUAUAUGCUGACCUAAAAUACAUAGGCCUACAAGUAGUUUUGUUUUGUUUUUAUGUUAUAUAACAUUUUUAACAUUAUAAACAAAAAUCUAGCUCCUAUCUAUUCUGCCUAACAUCAGAUUAAGAGUAUUUUAAUAUCAAUUUUCAGGUAUGGCAUGGCUGAAGAAAAAAAAUUCAUCCUUUGCGAGAUGGCUGUUGAAGGUGAUAUGCGGCAAAAACCCAAGUCAAGAGGCGGAGGGGUCUCAUGGCAAAACAUCGUCGACAGUUUAAAUUCAUUACCAGAAUUUGAGGUCAAGAUCCGUGCAGCACAGGCUCAAUAUCCUGGAAAAAAUGUCAACUGGUGGGGGUGGAAAAAAGUUGGAGAGUAUACUGGAAGAAUUGAUAGAAAUUGGGGAGGAGACAGAUGAUAGUGAAAGAAGAAGCAACAACAAGCAAAAUGUAGUGGACGAGGAAAGACGACGGAAAUGAGAAAGAUGGUGAUGGAGAGCAUGAGAGAAACAAGAGAGCGUCAUGGUGAAAGCAGCAAGCAGGAAAAAGAAGAAUGUCAGCUAGUUAGUCCACGGACUGGCUUGAGAAGGCAAUAAAGAGAAAGGAGAAAAUGGAGGAAGAGGGGCGAAGGCAACGGGAAGAAAAAUGAAGGCAACGCGACGAAGAACGAAGACAACAAGAGGAGAAGCAAACAAAGUUCUUGCAGCAGUUGCAACUGAGUCAGCAACAACAAACUGAGCAGUUUGUUGUUGAACAACAACAACAACAACAACAACAACAACAACAACAACAACAACAACAACAACAACAACAACAAACCCAGCAUGGCCACCAUGCGAAAUUUUAUGAUGCAAAUGAUGGAAAAGCAAGAGAAACAGACGGACAUGUUCUUAGAACUUUUUAAAAAAUCAAAUCAUCAGGAAAAAUAUUGUUCCAAGGUUGGAGGUGAAAUUUCAAAUACACCAGGUAUAAUAUUGUCUACAACCAGGCAUGUGCAUUUUCUAAUAAUCAACAUACAACAUAAUUUUUUCCAACUGAACUUACGUUAAGUUCUUGCUGUUUUUGGAAAUCCACAAAUUGAAAAAAAUGCUGAUACAGUACUUCCAAACAUCAAUUCCACAGAGACACAUUUCUGCAUUUCGGCCGAACGCUGGCGAUCAAAAGUUAAAUUUCUUUCUUUCGUGGACAUUUAUUUAUUGAAGGGCACUUUUCUCAAGAAUUGCAGGUUAUUUUCUGAACAACAUUUUUCACGAAGAUAAAGAGCACUUUGCCACCGGAGAGAGGACACUUUUCGUGUCUUCUGAAAACUUAGGGUUAGGGGCCUAGGCACCCUUUGCUCCCCCUCUCCCCCAGGUUCUACGCCCCUGUGUGUCAGCAUGAAGGCAAAGUGGGGUUCCAUUUUGAAAUGCUUGCUAUGCUAAGUAAGAGUUCAUUACCGAGAACGAGGUUUUUUUGCGAGAUACAACCCGAGGGGCGUGACCCGUAAAUAACUAAUGAAC